AUGGUUCGCAUGCAGGGUGUUGGUCAUGGCAAAUCUGCCUCGGCACUGCCGUACUGCCGCACGCCCCCGUCUUGGCUUAAGAUCGCUAGCCGCGAUGUGAUUGACGCCGUCUGCAAGCUGGCAAAGAAGGGUCUCCCGCCCAGCCGUAUCGGCAUGCAGCUGCGUGACUCCAUGGGUAUUGCCCAGGUGAAGAACGUCACUGGCCGCAAGAUUCUGCGCAUCCUGAAACACAAGGGUAUGGCGCCGGAGAUUCCGGAGGAUCUCUACUGCCUCAUCAAGCGUGCCACGGAGAUGCGGAAGCACUUGGAGCGCAACACGAAGGACAGGGACACGAAGUUCCGCCUCAUUCUGGUCGAGUCCCGUAUUCACCGCCUUGCCCGUUACUACAAGCGCGUGAAGCAGCUGCCUCCCACCUGGAAGUAUGAGUCCAGCACGGCGUCUGCAAUGGUGGCGUAA